CAUCUGGCCACAUCCCUGGGAUCACUCAACUGCACCGCCUCCUCGCCAGUGAUUGGCCGCCGGAACUGUAGCUCAGGAGAGGCACACAGGUGGCCAAUCACCGGCGAGGAGGAGGAUGAGCUGAGCAGCAGCGCGAAGAUCAAAGAAGAUCGAGCAAGGGAGCGGCCGGAGAAGGAAGACAGCUGACAGCCAGGUAUGCUGGCUGUAGAUGGGAGAGGGAGGGAGCGAGCCCAGGUUGGAGCAGGAGUCAGCAAGGUAACUAUCAUUGGUGUCAGUAGGAGGAAUAGUGCCCCAUCAUUGGUGUCACUAAUACCAAUGAUGGGGCACUAUUCCUCCCACUGACACCAAUGAUGGGGCACUAUUUACUCCCCCCCCCCCCACUGACACCAGCGAUGGGGAACUAUUCCUCC